GCUCCUCUGGCAAAAAUCCCCUUGUCUUUCAAUGCCUGCCCCAAGGAAGGGCUGCAGGAUGUCACACAGUAGCUGACUCCGUCCAGAGCACAGCGGUGGCUAGGACCCAGCAAGAGCCCGGGGAGGAGUGGAGAGGAAGACAAGCAACAUAAUUUAAAGCAGACACUGUCCCAAAUAUGGUUAUUUCCCUGAAAAUGCCUUCAUUCUGAAGUUAUGAGUGAACCUCUAGGUGUCCUGAAUGGGUGAACAUGAGCCUGAAGAAUAAUUGCAUCAAUACCAGGACUGAAUUGAUUUUGAAGAGCUGGACAUGCUUUUUAAAGAGAUGACAAGCAGUGUUUGGGGAUGCAAGAAACCCUUGAAACAAGAGCCAUGAAACUGUACAUCAUCUUCUUCCUGGCAGUGGUGAACAAAGAAACCUCUAACUACCAACUUCCCGAGGGGACAUCUUGUGAAAUGGCAAACUCUCAGGCAUUUUGCCACAACAAACACCUCCAUCAAAUCCCUCAUGAACUCUAUCCAAAUGUAAACAAAAUAGAUCUGUCAGGAAAUCUGAUUCAAAGCAUUCCUGAAAUGUCAUCAUCAUUUUACACUUUCCUUCAGUGCCUGGAUUUAAGCUCUAACCAGAUAAGUUUCAUCACACCUGGAGUCUUUGCACACAUGAAGAGUUUGCUGGAAAUAAAUUUAGCCAACAAUCACUUAUAUGAGCUUGCUCAAAAUGGCACAGAGGGGAUUGGACUCUUACCCAAGGUGGAAGUACUGGACUUGUCCCACAACAGUCUGUACAAUGGGAUGGCUGAGUAUUUCAUUAAAGAAGCUCCAGCACUGCAGUAUCUUUCCUUGGCAGACAACAGCAUUAUAAUGAUUUCCCAAAAGAUGUUUCAGGGAUCUCCCAAUCUUGUGGAGAUAGAUCUUCAGAGAAAUAUCAUCAUGGAAAUAGAAGAAGGUGCUUUUGAGACUCUAGUGAGCCUGUCCAAACUCAAUCUCUCAAAGAAUUCAAUUACUUGCAUCUCUGAUUUUAACCUCAGGCAGCUGGAGAUACUUGACCUUAGCAGGAACAGCAUUGAGACCUUCCACACCAUAAAAUCAGAUGAUGAAUAUAGCUUGAGGUGUUUGGAUCUGAGUGAAAACAAGCUGUUUCAUUUUCCAGUGUUCCCUCAGGUAAAUAAGCUGGUAACUCUGAAUUUAUCAAAGAAUUUAAUCCAGCUCACUGCUGAAUCUCCUCAUCAUAAAAUGGACUAUGUGAAAAAUGAAUGGCUAAAUGCUUCUUUCCAUCUUUUUGACCAGAAGCAAAGUAGAAACAAAAGUUCUCUUUAUUUAUCCCAGCUUGUAUAUUUAGACUUAAGUUAUAAUGAAAUAAAAUCCAUUCCAGAUGAGUUCUUUGAAACAAUGUUGUCCCUUCACACCCUUAAUCUCAGUAAAAACUGUCUUCAGUCAUUUGCCGUAAGUUAUGACAGUGCAUUGAUGUCUUUAACUGUCCUUGACUUGAGCUACAAUGCUUUGCAGACCCUUCUCCUCGAUGCUGGUGCAUUGUCAAACUUGAAGGAGCUCUAUGUUCAAAACAACUAUCUUCAAACACUGCAGUUUGACAUCUUCUCAAAUCUUCCUAGCCUUAGACUGCUUAAUCUACAAAGCAAUAAUAUCAGCCUGUGCAGCAUGUACUCAGGAUUAGCUAAGCAAAGACUUGCUGGAGAGAAAAGUGGUUGUGUAUCAUUUGUCAAUUCUCCUGCUCUUCAGUACUUGUACCUAGCUGACAACAUGCUGAGCAUCCUACCAGCAUACAGCUUCUACAAGACUUCUCUGGUUGUCUUGGACCUCUCCAUGAACGCUGGACUGAAUAUAGAACUUAAAGCAUUAUCAGGUCUGGAAAAGUCUCUGGAAUGUUUGUAUUUAUAUGGUAAUAGCCUGAUAGAUUUAAAUAUUGACUUGCCUUGUUUUAGUCACCUUAAACAUUUAAACCUCUCUGAAAAUCAGCUGAACUGGCUGCCUAAGUGGGGUAGUGACUCUCCACUAGAGGUUCUGGACCUACGGAACAACAGGUUCAGUACAUUACAGAACAGCAAUAUUUUAGCAUUAGAAAAUUCACUUAAAAUUCAGUCAUUUGCCGUAAGUUAUGACAGUGCAUUGAUGUCUUUAACUGUCCUUGACUUGAGCUACAAUGCUUUGCAGACCCUUCUCCUCGAUGCUGGUGCAUUGUCAAACUUGAAGGAGCUCUAUGUUCAAAACAACUAUCUUCAAACACUGCAGUUUGACAUCUUCUCAAAUCUUCCUAGCCUUAGACUGCUUAAUCUACAAAGCAAUAAUAUCAGCCUGUGCAGCAUGUACUCAGGAUUAGCUAAGCAAAGACUUGCUGGAGAGAAAAGUGGUUGUGUAUCAUUUGUCAAUUCUCCUGCUCUUCAGUACUUGUACCUAGCUGACAACAUGCUGAGCAUCCUACCAGCAUACAGCUUCUACAAGACUUCUCUGGUUGUCUUGGACCUCUCCAUGAACGCUGGACUGAAUAUAGAACUUAAAGCAUUAUCAGGUCUGGAAAAGUCUCUGGAAUGUUUGUAUUUAUAUGGUAAUAGCCUGAUAGAUUUAAAUAUUGACUUGCCUUGUUUUAGUCACCUUAAACAUUUGAACCUCUCUGAAAAUCAGCUGAACUGGCUGCCUAAGUGGGGUAGUGACUCUCCACUAGAGGUUCUGGACCUACGGAACAACAGGUUCAGUACAUUACAGAACAGCAAUAUUUUAGCAUUAGAAAAUUCACUUAAAAACUUGUAUCUCACCGGGAACCCACUCGACUGCUGUGGAAACAUCUGGCUUUCAUCCAUGAUCCAGAGCAAAAAUGUCCAGAUCCCCAAUGUGGAGCAUUUAACAUGCCAGCACACUCGGAAUUUUGGGUACCAGGAUGAAAUGCACAUCAAGAACAUUAGACCAGAAGACUGUGAAAAAGAGGAUCUGAAGAAAAUCAACUUCCUUACUAUAUUAACAUUUGUGUUGGUUUUAUCGGUGAUCAUCAUUGGUGCGGGUUCAUUUUUUUGCUUCCGCAGGCAAAACUUUACCCAUCAGUUUAAAGCAUAGUAACACAAAAUGUCUUGAAAACUGAAGAAAUCAGGUGCUGCACUGACAGUGUGUAGAAAUAAAGGGUAAAAUUCUCAUCUUUGAUUUUCAGCUGUGGAUUUUAAAUGCUUUUGAAGUACCCUGAAUUACACCACGUAUGGGUUGCAGGGAUUUGAAGGAGAAUUUGCCAUGUUUUGCCGAUCCAUGGUUUAACUCAAAGAGGAGUAAAUUUGCCCUUGUGUGCAAUAUAUAUUUAACCGAGUUUAAUAUGAAGAAAGUAAUCUCUGGGGUGAAGGCUUUUUAAAAAAAAAUCCUGGAGCAUGAAUUUCAACCAGCUAACAUUGAACUGAAAUGUUUAUAUUUCUAAGAAAAACUGUUGGAAACUCACUGCAUAUGAUUUCAUUUUAAUGCAGAAGAAUAGUAUAUCUGUUUUUAAAGGCCACGGGAGAUUAGACUGCAAAAAAGUGUUUUGAAGAUACCAGUGUGAAAUAAUGCAUAGGGAACCCAGUCCUGGGCCAUUAUUCAGAUCUUUCUACUGUCUUUCCCCCAAAAUAUAUUAUUGUCUAAAGGAUGUGCUGCAAGAAGAAUUCUGUAGGUCCUCAUUCUGUGAUGUGUUUAACAUGGCUAGCCUGUUGCAUUGCUAGAAGUUGACACUGACAAAUGUUAUGUCCCAUACUCUCACAGAAAAUUCACCCUUUUGGAGAGAACAUGACAGUGCGUGGGAGCCUGACCUGCUAACAGGGUUCAGUAGCUUUGAAAAGGAACAACAUCAGUUCUUCUGUUAAUGCCAGGAACUGCCCAUUCGGGCACACAGAAGUAGUGGUCAGCCUGAAAUCUGUCUAGGUAAAUAACUUGGAGUCAAAUUGCUGCUCCAUUUCUGUUUCUUCCAGCUAGUGAAUGUCAAAACUACCACACUACAAAAUGGUGUAUAAUUAUAUUUUUUAAGCAAUUAUGAAUGAAACUGGCAGAUGGUUUUCAUUAUGGAAUUUUUUACAAUGAAAACAACUUUGAAUUUUGUAAAAAGUACAAGGCAGUGGAUAUAUUAAAGCACUAGCUUGGAAUGCUCCACAGAUGGAAAGAAAUGUCUUCCUAUUUUUCUAUGGUAUUUGGACUCCACCUUAGACCUUUACCUCUGGUCCUGAAGCAGAGACAGCUGCUUCAUAUUAUAGAGUACAACCAGUCGAGAAUAAGGAGAUGUACUGGAGAUGUAGGCAAGAAUGUGGGACAGGUUUCCCAGAAAAGUUGUGUUUGCCCCAUUCCUGGAUAUAUUCAAGGCCAGUUUGGAUGGGGUUUGGAGCAAUCUUGUCUAGCAGAAGGUAUCCCUGCCCAGGGCAGGGGAUUGGGACAAGAUGAUCUUUAAGGUCCCUUCCAAACCAAACCAUUUUGUGAUUUCUGUGAUCCUAUGAAUUUGAACAAACCAUCAGCAGCAAUAGGGCCUGAUUUAACAUUUACAGAAGCAAAUGGCUCAAGCACUUAAUCUUGUAGAAGGCUUGCACAAGCAGCAAUCCCAGGGAUUAGUUGGAAGCUCAAAAGCAAGCCAAACUGUGAGCUCAGAUGCUGAUUUGCCACAGACUGAGUUCAUGGCUUUUGUGUCAAGCAUGGCAAGACUAUUCCUCCUACUGUGAGAGCCAGUGUUAUCUUGGCUGCUGUGACUAGAAUUUGUUAAUAACCUGAUGAGAGAGCCAAACUCAUUUAAUUAACAGUUUUAACAUGGCAAUUGUCUUGCUCUACAAAAAGGAAGUUCUUGUUAUUACUGUGGGACUAAUUAGACUUCCAUUGACUUCCCUGGGAGCAGAAAUAGUUUUUGGAGGAAUAAGUCUCAGAAGUGCAGCAUGGCUCAUUUGGAUUUUUCUGUUAGCAGCAUAAGCAACCAAGUAGUGAUAUGAACAUGCUUCAGCCAAUUCUUUUAAUCUGGGUGAGAUGAGAAGUGUGAGGGGUAGAAAAUAUGAAUGAAUUUACAAAGAGAGGGAAAACAGGGAAAAUGGGAGCUCUACAAUACAUUGUUCAAAAUUAUUCAAAAUAGGGAUAUGUAGAUGACAGCCCCACCUUUUGCCUCUCCUCUGUGCUACUGUGCCUGCAAGAAGACCAAAUGACAGAGUACCCGAUCCUCCAUCAAAGGUAGCCAUCACUAAGA